UGUGAGUAUACGGAAACUGGCGCCGUCACGCAACGUAUCAACAAAUCGUAGUUUUAUUUAAUACAGGGGUCCUCUUAAAACUGGCAUGAACUUUGACACUAUGAUAUAUCUGUCUGUAAAACCUCGGUUGUUAAUGAAAAACGGUGAUUUUAGAACCGUGAGACAGAGGUUGAAAGUGGCUUGGUUUUCCUCAUUUUUGCUGAGGUAUCUAUUACUAGUUUCCAAGCCUUAUUGUUUCAUCGUGAGUAGAAGACUGGGGAUAUAUUUCAGCCAAUCAGUGUUUACCGCGUAGAAAAUAUAAAUGGCGGCAAAACAGUUGUUGUGGUGAAAGAAGUCACUUGUCAGAAUUUAUUUAACACAUUGUUCCCUAGCCUUUUACCAACGAGUGAAUGUUUUAUGUUGGACUAAUAUACCGCGCUGAGGAAUUAUGCAGUUUGAUGUGAGGAGAUUUGAUGUUUACAGAAAAGUCCCAAAGGAUUUAACUGAACCCACCCUGACAGGAGCAGUGAUUUCCAUAUGCAGUUGCCUUUUUAUAGUAUUUCUGUUGCUAUCAGAGUUUUACAGCUUUAUAAACACCGAAAUUGUUAGUGAGUUGUUUGUGGAUAACCCGACAGAAAAUGACAGGCUAGAUGUCAAACUGAAUAUAACCUUACCAAGAAUGAAGUGUGAACAUCUUGGCCUGGAUAUUCAGGAUGAAAUGGGAAGGCAUGAGGUUGGGUUUCAGGAGAAUACCCACAAAGAGGACAUAAAUCAUGGAGAAGGAUGUCUGUUCUCUUGUAAGUUCAACAUUAACAAGGUUCCUGGUAAUUUCCACGUGUCCACCCAUGGAGCAGGUGCUCAGCCAGACAACCCAGACAUGGCCCAUGUUAUAAACUCUCUUAAUUUUGGAACAGAAAUCAAGGAUAAACUACCGGGUGCUUUUGUGGCACUUAAAGAACGAGAUAAAGAGACUGCCAACAGUUUGUCGUCGCAUGAUUAUGUAUUGAAAAUUGUACCCACUAUUUAUGAGAAGCUGGAUGGCAGCACAACCUUCACCUAUCAGUACACAUGGGCUUAUAAGGAUUAUGUCGCUUAUGGACACGGAGGCAGGAUUUUGCCAGCCAUCUGGUUUCGUUAUGAUCUGAGCCCAAUCACUGUCAAAUAUGUGGAGAGACGCAAGCCACUCUAUCAUUUCAUCACCACGGUGUGCGCAAUCGUAGGAGGUACUUUCACCGUGGCGGGUAUUAUAGAUUCCAUGAUAUUCACAGCCAGCGAGUUGUUUAAAAAGGCUCAACUAGGAAAGUUAAGCUAAUUCAGGACCGUAAAAAUGUCAGAAACAAAAAUGGGAUCGGUAACAAUCAUAGAGGCAUUUACUCGCAGAUUUUCUUAGCAUUUUUGGCAUUAAAUUAUUGUUCUUUUUGUAACUGUAUUUCCCAGGGACAUUUUGUACUGUUUUACUGAGGUAAUUAGACUCUGUUAGUGUUUUUAAAACACUUUGAGACUAUUCUUAAUGAGAGAGGUCUUUUUAUGUCAUUUAUAUUUGCGACUUCCUAAUGAAGUUGUUUACUUUAUUAUCAUAGGAGUAGAAUGCUGGGGAAAUUUGAUUGAAAUAUGAAUUACAGAAGUUUUCAUUUAAAUUAGAACUAUUGUUAUGUAUAAUAUACUCAGGGUUCGCCGUCAAUAAAGUAAAUGAUCACCGA